UGUCACGUUUUUUCCGGGCGUUAGUCGUGUUGCACAUUCUAAGCGGAAGUUGUUGGUAGUGCGCAGUGGUUGAAUGAGAGCUGUAUGUUACUAUGCGACAGUUAACCAACAUGCACGAAAGCAAUACAUUAUUCAAAACAGACAUAAUGAAGAAAUAGCAAAGGUCUUAUUCACCGAAGCUUUACGCCUCUCUGUGAGUAAUGCAUUCGAUCUUACGUAUUGUGACAGGAAGUUAACAGUGCAGUUUAUCCACCAUCUAAAAUCAACAUAUCUGAUUAAAUGGUCUCAACCUGUUGCGAGCAUUUGGGAAGUUGCACCGACUAGUACCGUCGUUGCAAUGCAUUCACAUGGGUUGCCUUUGUGAUCAAUGGUUUCAUUGCCCCACGUCAGUCUUGAUUUCAGCAUCAUCAGAACAUCAUGAGAGUGAGACUGAAGCUAAAGACCGUGUUUGUCUUUUACUUCACGGUGUCACUACUGGGACUCAUGUAUGCGCUAAUGCAACUGGGUCAGCGCUGUGACUGCAGAGAUCAUGACUUCUCUAAAGAUCAGCAGAUCUCUCAACUGAGGGGAGAUCUGCAGAAGCUACAGGAACACAUUAAAACAUCAAAACUGUCAAAAAACUCUGAUGUACCCACAAUUUAUGUGAUAACUCCAACAUAUGCAAGACUGGUGCAGAAGGCUGAGCUCACACGUUUGUCCCACACCUUUCUUCAUGUUCCUCAACUACACUGGAUUCUGGUGGAGGACGCCCCCCAGCCAACUCGACUCGUCACAGACUUCCUAACUGCAUCUGGCAUGACUUACACCCACUUACACACGUUGACCCCCAAAGACCGGAAGCUCCAGGAGGGUGAUCCCAGUUGGCUGAAGCCUCGGGGUGCUGAGCAGAGAAAUGAGGGUCUGCGCUGGCUCAGAGAGAUGGGUGCUGCUGCAGAGGGAAAAGAGGCGGCUGCCUUUGAAGAUGCUGUUGUUUACUUUGCGGAUGAUGACAACACUUACAGUCUGCAGCUUUUUGAAGAGAUGCGAUACACACGGCGCGUCUCCGUUUGGCCUGUGGGUCUGGUGGGCGCCAUGAAGUUUGAAAGCCCUGUGGUGCAGAACGGAAAGGUUGUACGCUUCCACACCGGCUGGCGCCCCAGUCGGCCCUUUCCCAUAGACAUGGCUGGUUUUGCAGUGUCCCUAAAGUUGAUUCUAGCCAAUCCAGAAGCAUGUUUUGAUGGUGAUGCCCAGAUGGGGUUUUUGGAAAGCAGCUUCCUUCAGCAUCUGGUUACUAUGGAGGACCUUGAACCCAAAGCUGAUUUGUGUACCAAGGUGCUGGUGUGGCACACCCGAACUGAGAAACCAAAGAUGAAGAGGGAAGACGCAAUGCAGAAGCAGGGGUUGGGGUCAGAUCCCGAUGUGGAGGUGUGAGGGACAAAUGCUCAAAACAUUCAUGGACUUCCAUCCAACAUGUCACACACUUCCAUGGUGCCAUGGGAAAAUUCUGAUAUGCUAAAAGACACACGAGUAAUAAACUGAUUCCUGAUCCCUACAGAUACUAAAGACACUUUAGACUUUGGUUCAAAAGUAUUAGGAAUGAAAGGAAUGUGUUCAUGUCAAUACAUGCAAAGGAUCAAAGGAAACCGCAGAAGAAAUGGAUUUCCAUAAUCUCAUAUACAGUCCUAAUCAUCUGUAUACUUGAACUGUAUUUAAAAGUUGAACACAGGUUGUAUUUAUAUAUUUGUAUUUAUCUUUAGACAUGAAUGUGUUUAGUGUGUGAUAUGCUGGGUUAGCCUGUAUUAUGAUGUGUUAAUAUAUAUGCUGGCUAUCUAUGUCUCCGUAAUGUAUGCUGUAUGAACGAGUAGUACUUGCUUGUAGUUUUUGUCUAUGGUGUUUUUUGUCCUAUGAUUUAAUAGUGGUUUCCCUUCUGUCACUGAUAUAUGAAGUAAAGGACAGAGAUAGGUCAGAUACGAUGUUUAUUUAUGUAAUAAUUAAUCUCUUCUGAAUCUGUUUUUGUGUACGUGGCGCUGAUAAGGCUUGGAGAAACAGUGUGUAAGGUUCAAUGACUUUAUGAUGUCAUUUGUCCUUGCAAUGAAAUAAUGAAAAUAUUUGAAGAA